AACACAUUUGUUUUGCAAGCUGAGCAGCUAAAACUUAUGAAUUGAAAAUGAGUUGCUUAAAAUUAAUUAAUUUGGGACUUUUGGUCCUGUUUGUGUGUCAAGUUUUGCUUGUAAAUGCGUCACCAAGGAAAACUACAAGCAGUGAGUUUGGACCAAGCGUUGCCAAGGAUUUGAGGAAAUUUGAAUCAAAAAGAGGUCCAAAAUUAAUCGAAAACUUUAACGAUGAAGAAAGUGACAACGACGAAAACGACACAAAAUGGCUAGACGAGCUCCUUGAAAACGACAAAACCUUAGAAUCAGAAUCAGACGAUGAUGACACAAAAGACGAGUCAAUUGAUUAUGAUGAUGCCGAAGAAGAAGAGUAUCCAUCUGAUGACAAAGAUGAAAUUGAAGUUGAUAAUGUGGACGAUGCAGAAAAUGAUGACGAUCAGGAAAUUGAAGCACCAAAACGUCGUUUUAUGGAACCUUCAGUAGUUGCUAGAGACUGGAAAUUGAAUAAAGUGAACAAAAAUCGCAGACAUAAAAGAUGGGCACCGACGGACACACAAAAUAACAAAAGAGCUCACUGGAUUCGAGUUGGAACACAAAAUGAGCCAUGCUUAAAUUAUCCGUUCUGCAAUAAGCAAAGAAAAGGAAAAGUACAGCCAAAAAAGCCAUGCCUGAACUAUCCAUUCUGUAAUAAGCAAUAG